AAAACAAUUAAUCCAACUUAAUAAUGUAAAAUAAAAUAAACGACAGAAAUGAAUUGGGACAGGUCCUGAAAAAUAAAAUCAACCCAACACAAAACAAAACAAAACAAAACAAAAUCCCCAAUGGGUCUCUCAGCUUCAAAGCGAGUCCAAAACACCCUCCAAAAAUCAGCCGACUUCAACUCCGCCUGCGCCACCGUCUUCGCCGACUGCCUCUCCCUGAGCCAACACGCCUUCGCCGGAGUCAGAGCCUACCAGCUAUCCGACGCCGCCGAGCGCCUCCACGCCGCCCUAUCCGACUCCCUCCCCCUCAUCUCCAAGUGGCUCCCCACCCCUCCCGACCGGGCCCAAGUGGACCGGGCUCUCAAGACCGUCCUCUCCCGCCGCCCGGUUCAGGAGGAGGAGAUCACGCUGGACGAGGCGGAGUUUAAGGAGUUCGCGGUGGAGGUGUUCGCCGACGCCAUCGUUUCGAAAGCUGUGGCGGAGGUUUUGAAGAGGCUGCCGCUGGGUGUGGCCGGAAUUGCGGGUUUCGGAGUGGUGUUGAGGCCUGGGAACGACGUCGUUGUGGCGGCGAUUGGGGCGUACGCGCUUGGGCUCGUGACCUUGAUUUAUCUCGGCUUGGAUGGUUAAUUCGUUGAGAUAAAUAUCACCUGUAAUUUUAUUUUAUUUUGAAAAGAUAAAUAUCUCUGUAACUGAAAUAACUGAUUGAGAUUACGAUAUAGUACUAGUGAAUUUCGCAUUUGUCAAUAAAUAAUGUUAUGUUAUUCUCAA